AAAUCCGGGAAGGCUGUGCGCGCUCUCCCCCCGGGCGCAUGGCCGAGGGACCCCCAGCCAGCUCCCCCUGGGGAGGUCGCCCAUCGCUUUCCAUCCCUGCCCCUCCGUCUCCCCGGCCCCCGAGGGAGGUAGUCCUGGACGGCGGUCGGCCGCCUCUAGCCCCCCAGCCUCGCCCCGGCGCGGCGGCCAGGCGGGGCUCCCGUUAGGGAUGCUCCGGAUCCUCUGUGCGCAGCCUCUUCCCGCGGCUCGGCUUGUUGUUUUGGCGAGGGCUGGGCGCCGGGGCGCCCCCGGGUUUGCGCUCGCUCCUCUUGCUGCUGCAGCCGGUCCCCUCCUCCUCCAGUCCGGCCCCGGAGCGGCGGCGGCCGCAGCGGUAGAGCUGAGCCGGAGCCGGAGCCGGAGCCGGAGCCAGGCUGCAUCCCCCGCCUAUCCUCCGGCAGCAGACGGGCCAAUUUCUCCCCUUGCUACAGAGAUGAGCCUUGGCCAGGUGCUGUGGAGCCAUCCAUGACAGAGACUGAGCAGCAGGAAGCAAGAAGGAGAGGAGGGGGUUUCCCCUCUGCAGCAGCAGCUUGUGAGCCCCAGACGCAGCCCCACCCUACCCCCUCCUCCCUUCUGGGCUCCCCUUAUCCCCAAUAAAGACACCAGAGCCACCCCCCCAGGCACAGAAUGUGUGAUUCUGGCUAGGGGGGGAUGCCCUCCUCAGGGACAGGUUUCAGAGGAGUCACCUGCAGUGAGCCCCAGCUGUGACCCAUGGGGAGGGAGCUGUGAUCCCAUCUGACCAGCCCAGCUGGGAGGAGAGGAAGGCCUGGCGGGGCCAGGUGCCUGAGGCCUUUUGGGACUGACCGAGGCAGUCUGUUGGAAUUGGGUGUGGGGAAGGGUGUGGGGGAAGCAGCUGGAGACUGAUCACCCUGGCAUGGAUUGUGUGGCCCUGCACAGCCUCCCCGAGGGCCUGGAGACAGGAGACUCCCGAGACGAGACGCUGGGCUUGGGCUGGCUGUUCUGGGCUCUGCGGAAGCCUCAUUACUCAUGCUGCUGAGGUCAAGAGCCUUCAGCAGGGCAGCUGGGCUAUGGAGGCAGAAGCCUGAGAGCAUCAGGGGCCAAGUGUAACCACAGUCGAGCAGGGAAGAGGGGAGCGCAGGACAAAAUCAAGGGUGGGACCCUGCAUUUCCCCAGGGGUCUCCUAUUUGGAUGUGAACAGAGGGGCAGCAAGGGCUCAUUUUCCUUCUGCUCCCACCAGCCGCACCAGGUCUUUAGAGCACCACGGAUUGGGUGUGGCCAAGAUGCUCACUCCAGCCUGGCUCCAUGUGCAGUUAAGAGAAUAGACAGACUCUGUGCAGCCGGGAUCAUUCCUCCGGGGACCAGCACGUUGCAGGGAUACUGCUCGUUCCUCAUCCAUGCUGCUUUCUGAAGGACUCUGAAACCAGAGGUCGAGCCAGUCAGGCCCAGAGAACCACUCCCAGAGGGCAAGGGGCCUGGGAGGAUGCCCUCCUGCUGACUUCCCCGUCUGUCUGCCCUGCUCAGGCUGCUGCCUGCUGACCUGGCGCCAUGUUGCGGCCGAGCUCGGGGGUGCUGAUCUCGGUGAAUGGGCUGGGCUUCCCACCGCAGAAUCUGGCCCGCGUGGUGGUGUGGGAAUGGCUGAACGAGCACGGGCGCUGGCGGCCCUACACAGCGGCUGUCUGCCACCACAUUGAGAACGUGUUGAAGGAGGAUGCCCGGGGCAGCGUGGUCCUGGGGCAGGUGGAUCCCCAGCUAGCUCCGUACAUCAUCGACCUGCAGUCCAUGCACCAAUUCCGCCAGGACACAGGGACCAUGCGUCCAGUGAGGAGGAACUUCUAUGACCCCUCCUCGGCCCCUGGCAAGGGGAUCGUGUGGGAGUGGGAGAACGACAACAACUCCUGGACCCCCUAUGACAUGGAUAUUUGCAUCACCAUCCAGAAUGCCUACGAGAAGCAGCACCCAUGGCUGGACCUCUCCUCUCUGGGCUUCUGCUACCUGAUAUACUUCAAUAGCAUGUCGCAGAUGAACCGGCAGACACAGCGGAAGCGCCGACUCCGGCGCCGCAUGGACCUGGCGUACCCGCUCACCAUGGGCUCCAUCCCUAAGUCCCAGUCCUGGCCUGUGGGCACCAACUCCGGGCAGCCGUGUUCCUGCCAGCAGUGCCUGCUGGUCAACAGCACCAGGGCAGCCUCCAAUGCCAUCCUGGCCUCACAGCGGAGGAAGGUGUAUGUGGGCAACAGCAAUGGGACUCUGGCUGUUAGGCAGAGCAACACUUUCAACGGCACAGCAUUGUGGUCUGCGGGCACCAUGACAACCGGGGGGAUAGCUAAGAUGGAACAGGUCCGGUCCCCUAGCAGCACGCAAGUGACCACCUUCUCCCGAAGUCAGAGCGCUCCCACUGGCACCCAGGUUCCUGGGCAGAACAACCUGAACAGGCCUGGCACGCAGCGGGUUGCAAUACUGAGUACCAGGGCCUCCAUCCCACCAGGGGUUCCUGCCCUCCCGGUUAAGAAUCUGAAUGGAACUGGACCAGUCCAUCCUGCCCUGGCAGGUAUGACAGGCAUUUUGAUGUGUGCUGCUGGGCUGCCUGUAUGCCUGACCCGGGCCCCGAAGCCCAUCCUGCACCCUCCGCCUGUGAGCAAGGGCGACAUCAAGCCAGUGCCUGGGAUCAAUGGCAUCUGCAGGAAAACCAAGAAGAAGCACCUCAAAAAGAGCAAGAACCCCGAGGAUGUGGUGCGCCGGUACAUCCAGAAGGUGAAGAGCCCGCCGGACGAGGACUGCACCAUCUGCAUGGAGAGGCUGGUGGCCUCGUCCGGCUACGAGGGCCUCCUCAGCCACAGGGGCGCCAAGCCGGAGCUGGUGGGCAAGCUGGGCAAGUGCGGGCACAUGUACCACCUCCUCUGCCUGGUGGCCAUGUACAACAACGGCAACAAGGAUGGCAGCCUGCAGUGCCCCACCUGCAAGGCCAUCUAUGGGGAGAAGACCGGGACCCAGCCCCCAGGGAAGAUGGAGUUCCACAUCAUCCCGCACUCGCUGCCAGGCUACACGGAAUCCAAAACCAUCCGCAUCGUCUACGACAUCCCCACGGGCAUCCAGGGCCCAGAGCACCCGAAUCCCGGGAAGAAGUUCACGGCCCGAGGCUUCCCCCGGCACUGCUACCUACCGGACAAUGAGAAAGGCAGGAAGAUUCUGCAGCUCCUGAUUGUGGCAUGGGACCGCCGGCUUCUCUUCACCAUCGGCACAUCCAGCACGACAGGAGAGUGCGACACUGUGGUGUGGAACGAGAUCCAUCACAAGACAGAGUUUGGUUCCAACCUCACUGGCCACGGCUACCCCGACCCCAACUACCUGGACAAUGUCCUGGCUGAGCUGAUGGCCCAGGGUGUCUCAGAAGCCAACCUGAAGGACUGAGGAGGAAGCCCCAGCUCUCGGCUAGCGUGCUUCUGGGCAGCCAAACCCCGCCUGCAUCCAUGUGUGUCUCCGUGAGUCCGUCCUCCACCGCCCCAUGCCCGGGAACCACCCACUUUCCCAGAGCUCUCGCUCUGCUUUCGCUGCCUUGACCUUCAGUAACCUUCAGCCUGCAAUGCUGGACGUGGCUGGGCUGCCACAGUAUGUCACCCACCAGGCGAGUGGCUCUCCCUUGAACCGAUACUGUGUGCUUGGCCCUCAGACCUGUCAGCCAACGAGCAGCAGGCAAGAAGAAGCUGCGUGAGUGACCAAGCAAUGCAAAGCUGGGCUGAUUUUUUUUUUUUUUAUACUUUUGUGAUCUGUGAUAUUUUCCCCGUUAGAAACCCCAGUCCACACCUGACUGUACACACCCACAUCCCCUCCAUAUAGCUCCUCUCUCUGGAAAUCAUGUACAGUAUCCACUAGAAUACACAUACAUAGCCAAAGGGGCAACUUCUGGCCAACUCUCCCACAGCCCCACCGCCAUCAUGUGUCCUGUCCAGUCUGUGCCAGCAUCAUCCGGGUGAGCCACCUCCCCCCACAGCCACAGGGCACAUUGCCAUUGCUCCUCAUUGCCGCCACUUUGAAAGGGAGGGAAAGGGCCCCAGGCUGGGGAAAGGGAACAGGAAGUGCACAGGAGAGAACUGCUCCCACAGCUGGACAGGGAUGGAAAAUGAGGUAGCUCUUACUCCGCUGACUUGGCAGGAGUUGUGCCCCUCCUGAGCUCCCCGUCCUGCAUGCACUAUCCCUUCCCCCAUAGCGAGGGCGCCAAUCCUGGCAGUGGCGCAGCGAUCAACCAGCAAGGUGACGAUAACGCUUAGCACGCUGCACUGCAGAGACACCAGCUAGCUAAGACCCGAGCCUGAUGCCCCCUUUUGGCAGCCUCACAGAAGUGGUUUAUUUCCCCUUAAAGAAGAGGGGUGGAGCAGUCAACACCCAAUCAGCAGCAAACAGACCUCUUGCCCGUGGGCCGCCGAUGCCCUGAUUGGUCUCUUCAGUCGUCACCAGCCAGGAUUCAAAGGGCCACUUAUGAUUUUAAAAGCCACAUGUGCAACCAGUGCACAGCUGAUACCCAUGUGCCAGUGGAGAUUGGCACACCUGCCUACCUGCAUGCACAUGCCCUUUGCAUGCGUGGCUUUAAAACCCUGGGCCUGGUUCUGUCGCUGUGGUUUGUUCCCCGUGUAUGUAGCAUCCCUUUAGCUAGAAAAUAAACCUGCUCUUCCGGUUGGUGUUC